AUGACAUGCGCGCGCGCUGUCUUUCGAUGCUUUCGGACGCUGGAACGAGUGGGCGAUCGUAUCACAGGAGCAGCGGGGCCGCUGUUCGUUACGCUUGCGGUGGUUCUUCUGUCGACAGGCACUCUAUGCUUUUUUGACAUCGAGCAGCCGUCGUUGCGAUGGCCAUGGUUGACUACGCCCAUAUGCGUCCUCAUAGUGUUCAACAUGCUAAUGCACUACUAUUGGGUGUGCACGGUAUCGCCGGGUUUCAUCGAUGAUCCCCCGAGGCAGGGAGGGAGCGACUGGUUAUGGGCGAGGAGGCGACCGACAACGAAGGGUGGGCCAUUGACGGGAGUACGGUGGUCGGACGACGUGCGUAUCACGAAAGCCAUGAUUUCGAAGUGUCGGAAGUGCGGGCUGCCGAGGCCAGAGAGAGCACACCAUUGUCGAAUAUGUAACCGAUGCGUCCUCAAAUACGACCACCACUGUCCAGUAUUAGGGGUGAACCAAUGCGUUGGCCUGCAUAAUGAGCGCCAUUUCAUCCUGUUCAUGGUAUAUCUAGUUGUGGCGUCGUUUUGCUACGUCGCUAUAGGCUAUCCGUCAUUUUUGGAAGCCAUUGGAUAUCAUUAUCAACCGAUCUGGCCGUACCGCGUACCUGCUUUAGCCUUUGUUCUGACCUACAUACUAGCAGGAGUCCUCAGCCUGGCUGUAGCAGUCAUGCUGGGCUGGCAUCUGUGGAGUAUAUCCUUGGCUGAAACUUCUGUGGAGUCCCAGGAUCACGAUCACUACAGGAAAGUUGCAAAGGCACGAGCAGAGACAUUCGUGAACUCGUACGACCUCGGGAAGCGGAAAAACCUGGAGUUGUUCUUCAACAUGGGUCGGGACGGAUAUCCAUCAUAUACGCUAUUAUUUCCGUUUCGGGUAGAGCCCUACACGGACGGAUGGUCCUGGGCGCGGAGGGAGGGGUACGAGCGCCACCGGGGUGUCCGUGAAGGGGAUGAACUAACUGACGAAGAGGAGGACGACUGA